UCACGUUUUCGUAAUUGUAAUAUUAAUUUAUUAACAUGUAUAAAUAAUAUAUAAAAUACACAUUAUAAAUAUAUUAUACAUUAUAAAUAUAUAUCAGUUAUCUAGUGUUAAUUUUUUUUUAUUAUUUUUUAUAUUAUUUUAAAGUUGCGCUAACUGUAUUACUUAACUUUUUUUCUUUCCUCUUGUUAUAAUUGGAUAGCCACGGAUUUUUAAGUGAUCAACGUACUAAAUUUCCGUUGACAUAGCGCCCCUGGUGACACAACUAUAACAAGGUGGGAACCCGAUUUGAACACAUGUUUCUGAUGUAAUAAAUCUUUAGAUGCGUCUGCAGGUAAAGAAUUGUAGUUAUUAUUUUAUUUCAGUAAUAGACUCACUUCCUUAAUAGAUGUAUCCACUAUAUUACCUCAUUUCUUUCCUCUCUACUUUCUUUCUGCUAUUCCCCCAUAUAUAUUUUUUAGUAGUAGUUCAACGAAAUAUGCUUCCAAUCUUACCAAUGACAGAAGCUUUCUCUCUUCUCUCUUUCCUUGCAAUCAAGUUUCUUCUUUUCUUUUACUUUUUUCGUGCAGCUACUUUGUUUCUCCUUCACUAUUCUUCAUUCUUUUUUUCAUCAUUUAGACGUCAAUAAUAUUAAAGAAAAACGAAAAAAAAUCCCAAAAUCUUGUGAAAUGAAAUCAGAAGAGGCUAUCUAAGAAAAAAAUACGAAGUGUGAGUACCUGUUCCGUUGUUAAAUUGUACAAAUUAAAAGGAAAAAAUACUUAUCAAGAAUCAACAUGCCUAAGGAGGUCCAGGGGCCCGAAGAACUGGCUGCCUAAAAAGAAAUAUCCAACUUUUUCAUGCGUCUAGACCCGUCUAAAUAAAGCAAACCAAAAUGUUUAAAGUAAGAAUUCCAUGUACUAAACCAAAUAAUCCGUCUAAGAAGAUAAACAAGAAGUGUAAUAAAUGUUUGAUCAAAAUAAUAAUUUAGAAAAAAAAUAGAAAAUUCACAACGAACUAAAGUAGAAGAUAUGAAAUAAUCUGAAAUUUUACACAAACUUAUUUUCAACCAAAAUCUCACGUGUCCAGUGUCCGAUUUGAUAUAGAUUAAUUUGGUCU